AUGUUUUGGUUUGUCCAUGAUCCUCUAUAUGCAAUCUUUGAAGGUAAUGUUUUCCACGAAAAUGUAUUGUUUCGGUUUCAAUUUCUCGCCAAAACUGAAGUAAUAGAAGUUGGAACCGGCUAG